UGAAUCUUGAGGUUGAUUGAACUCAAAAUUACUGGCUCAGCCACAUAGUGAAUUUUUGUGGCUUCCAAAGAUUUCAAAGCUGGGGCUCUAUAAACCUAUUGUAUAAAUCAAUAUUUAAAUGUGGAGCCAACUAUAUUCAGAGACAGGGGGAAGGUAAAAUUUUAACAUGUAUAAAAUCCAUUUUUAAGUCAAACUAAACUAUUGGUGACACAUAUAACUGAAUCUAGAUACUCUGCUUGCCAUGAUAUGGAAAUGGAUUGCCACUGCCAUUCCUCAGGAUAUAUGCAGAUUAGAACGUGUGUGUGUGUGUGUGUGUGUGUGUGUGUAGUUUAUGAAUGUAAUUUGCAUGCUUAGGCAAAAAAAUCCUAUAUAAUCUUAAACCCAAAGCCUUUUGCCUCCACCAUGUGUGAAAAACGUAGGCUCCUUGGGAUUAAGGAUAACGUUUCUUAAUACUGCCAUAACAUACAGGUAGGCAAAGGGUUAAUGUAUACUUUUCUAUGUAUAGAUUUACCUGUUGAAUUUGUCUGCCAGUAUUUGUGUAUAGUUUUAUCUGUUGAAUUCCUGCCUGCCAGGAUUUAUGCAUCCGAUAGUUCUUUGUUAUACAAUAUAGAAAAAGGAGGUUAGUCAUUCCCUAUUUCCUAGGUUUCCCUUUUCUCCUGAAAAAGAUCAAGGAAGGAAAGGACUCGGACAUCUUUACAACUCCGGUUUGACGGUCUUGGCAUACUCAAGAGACCACAUUGGUCCCGCCUAGUAACAGUAACUAAGGGCUGCGUAAGAAGGGAUAGGGGUCGCAGAAGAAAGAAUAUAGCGCAUGCGCAUAUUCAGUGAAGCGCCGAGUCUGGAAAGAGAACGAUUGAAUUAGCGGGCCUUUGGGUCAGGACUGUUACCUACCCACCCCUCCCGUGCUUCUGGGAGGAGGAGUGGAGAAUGUAACUGUUACUGGGAUAUCCCAUGCGCCUCUCUGCAGGGGGAGAAGUCAGCCGUAGUCUGCAAACUGGGUGAGUCCAUUGGGAACGGAGGGGAGAUCGUGAAAGGUUCAACAAUAGUAUCAGUUGCUAACAAUAUGCCUACCUUGGACCCGGAACAGCUAUUAAUCAGGGAAAUGAGAGAGGAUGAAGCCCCCAUUGUUUUGGAACUUUUGAAGGAUGGAUUCAAAGAUACAGAAAACCGCUUGAUACUUUAUGUGCUGACACGGCCACUAGCCUUGUUACUGAUGGCAGUUGUGAGCAGUGGACUACGCUUCUUCCUGAACUCCUUUGUGGUGGCCCUUGUGCUGCCAGUACUCCUCACUGUAGUGGCUCUGAAACUUCUACUGUGGCGUUCACCAGACCUUAAACAUUUGCAUGCCUAUUACAGUGCAAGCCAUCGUGGGCUGUGGGUGGCUGUUUAUGAUGAUGAUGAUGUGUGUGGUUGUGUGGCUUUGGAGCCUCUUGAUAGAGAGCCACACACUGCUGAACUCAAGCGCUUGGCUGUCAGCCGAUGGUACCGGCGCUCUGGGGUGGGUCGGUGCCUCCUUCAUUUUCUAGAGGCACAAGCUCGUGCACAGGGCUUCAGAUUCCUGGUGGCCCAGGUCUCCGUGGUGGCUAAAGCUGCUAUUGGUCUCUUUGAGAAUACUGGUUAUAGUGUGAGUGGUGGGCGCCUGUGGUUGGGUUACACUGUUCAACAAGAGUUCAGCAAGGAGCUUUAGAACUGUAUCUACUAGUCUGGCACCAAGCUGUUAGGCAAGGGAGCAUGUUUUUGAACAAAGAAAACACGGAGUUUCAGAAACAGACUGUAGUUAAUGAGGUAUCUCUAGGUCCUAAGCAGUAGUUACUAUUAACAUAGUUUCUGCUUAGAAAACGAAGUAUGACUACAAAGCAAAUCAGGAUAAAGGAUUGUUUGUGUUUUCUUCACAGUCUGGUAUAGCAAUCAAACUCUGUCAUUUGGGAUUUCUGUUCCACAUUAUUCACUGAAGCUCAUUUCCUGUGUCCUCUUUUGGGGUCAGAGUAACUUCACAUUUUAUACAAAAGGAACAGCAAAUUCAAUUGACUGAGAAAAUUUGUGUGUGUGUAUACACACACACACGUACACACACAAACAUAAUACACACAAACCCAGAGGAUAUACCAAAAGUCAGGCCUUCUAGACUAUUACAUAAAUUACAUUGAUUUUUCAACUUGGUUGCUCUUUUUUCUAAACCCUUUCUUACUUGUUUGAUACAUGACUUUUGAACACUACUAAACACAGUAACAUUUUCUUGGCCCC